ACACACACACCCUCGGACACGCACGCGGACAACAGAGUGAACAGCAGUGUAAAUAAAUGAGUCAUUGAUGGCGGCGUUGACUCGCUAACACCCAGAGAGACGGGCUGUAGUCAGGUGUCAACGUCACGGCACCAUGGGGACACGGUGGUCUCGGAGCGGCAGCAGCAUGUCGCUCCUCCCUGAGAGGCAGGGCUGUCAGCGGUGGAAGGAAGACGGGAACUGCGACGACGACGACUCUCUGGACGGCCUCAUCAGGCGGGAGGACAUAGCCCAGUUCCCGUACGUGGAGUUCACCGGGAGGGACAGCAUAACGUGUCCGACGUGUCAAGGCACGGGACGGAUACCUUCAGGUCAAGUGAAUGAACUGGUUGCAUUGAUCCCAUACAGCGACCAAAGACUGCAACCACAAAGAACGAAGCUGUACGUGGUGUUGUCCGUCGUGCUCUGCCUCCUGGCGUCUUCGCUCGUCGCCUUCUUCCUCUUCCCUCGCCCGGUGGUCGUGGUGGACAACGGGAUACGCUUGGUGACCGUUCACUUUGACCACCCCAACAUGAAGGUCCUGAUGAACAUGACGAGCACGCUGAACUUCAGCAACCCAAACUUCUUCUCCGUGCUGGUCCAGAGCAUCACCUCUCAGGUCCUGUACAUGAAGACAGUGAUUGGGACUCAGCAGCUCGACGACGCCACCACCAUCCUGCCACUCAGUCAGAGACAGGUGAACUACACCGUCAGCGUGGAGAUUGGCAGCAGCGCCCCCUACGUCUAUGCCUUCUGCACCAUGCCCAGCAUCAAGGUCCACAACAUCGUCAUCUUUGUGCAAACGUCGGUGAAAACCUCGUACAUGGUGCGAACGUCUCAGAACAGCCUGGAGGCGUAUCGCUACAUCGACUGCGGCACCAACACCACGUACCACCACGCGGCUCGCGGCCGCCGCUCCUCGGCGGCGUCCUCCAGCUUCGCUCUGCUCUGAGUGGAACACUCCUCUAAUCCCAAUCCUGUCAGAUUAAGCUCCAGGAACAAUCUUUCUUUUUUUAACCACUAAUUCGACAAACACAGUUUUCUGUGUGAGUGACGGCGACGACGCCCCCUCCCGGUGGCUGCACAGUGGGACAUUCCAGAGGAGACGGAGGUUGCCAGUUGAAAAACAUUAAGUUUUAAUUACUGAGGUCAGUAACAGAGUUUGUUUCCUUGUUUCCACGGCAGCCGCUCGUGGUUUUUACUGCUCUUAAAGACGCCUGCGAUGGAAGAGAAGAGGCUCAACUCAACUCAACUGAAUCUUGGGGGGAAAAUAUUAAACGGGUGAGUUUUCUGAUUAACCUUCAUUUCAAAAUUCACUUUUUGCACAUUUAAAACUUUUUCCACAACUUUCAGAAGUGUAUUUACAUUUUAAUCAGUAAAGGUAGAACAAAUGGUGCAAAAUAGAAGAAAUAAACAACGUUCUGAAGCUUUAAGGAACAGAAUUAUAUAUAUAUAUAUAUAUGUAUAUGUAUAUGUACAUUUCCUACUGGGUAAAAGCUGCUGAUGUUUUUAUAAAAAAGGAUAUUUUUUGGGAAUUUAACGAGACGGGUAAUUCUUUUCUUUUCUUUCGCUGUGUUAUUUAAAGGUUUGGCAUUUCCACAUUGAUUUGCUUUUUGUUUUAAAUGAAAUGAUCUAAUCUGGUAAAGUCCGAACACACUGGUUUUUUAGAUUGAGGGUCAUUGUGUGUGUGAUAUAGAGCGGAAUAUUGUUCUCACACUGGAUUUAAUUUAA